GUGGCAGAUGCAGCUUUAAUGAGAUGCCGCAGAAAUCAAUGGCGAAGAAGACGGCGUACGAGAAGAUAAGGGAGGAGUUGAAACUUGAUGCAAAGCCAAAGAUGAACUUGGCUUCCUUUGUGACCACGUCAAUGGAGGAAGAAUGUAACAUACUCAUGAUGGAAUCCUUCAACAAGAACUAUGUUAACAUGGACGAGUACCCUGCCACCACUCAACUUCACAAUAGAUGUGUGAACAUGAUAGCACGUUUGUUCAACGCCGAAAUUGGAGAAAAUGAGAACGCAAUUGGAACAGGAACUGUUGGAUCUUCAGAGGCCAUAAUGCUGGCGGGCCUUGCAUUCAAGAAAAAAUGGCAGAACAAGCUCAAGGCCCAAGGAAAGCCCUAUCAUAAGCCCAACAUUGUCACUGGUGCCAAUGUCCAGGUAUGUUGGGAAAAAUUUGCAAUGUAUUUCGAUGUAGAGUUGAGAAAAGUGGAUGUUGGAGAAGGGUAUUAUGUGAUGGACCCUACUAAAGCCAUUGAAAUGGUUGAUGAGAACACUAUCUGUGUGGCUGCAAUCUUGGGUUCAACUUAUAAUGGCGAAUUUGAAGAUGUCAAGUUGCUUAACGACCUCUUACUACAACAAAACAAGAAAAAUGGAUGGGAUACACCGAUUCAUGUUGAUGCAGCAAGUGGUGGGUUUGUUGCUCCAUUUCUUUAUCCAGAGCUAGAAUGGGAUUUCAGGCUUCCAUUGGUGAAGAGCAUAAAUGUUAGUGGCCACAAGUAUGGUCUUGUUUAUGCAGGCAUUGGUUGGGUUAUUUGGAGAAGUAAAGAGGACUUGCCUCAAGAGCUUAUCUUCAAUAUUAAUUACCUUGGAGCAGACCAACCCACCUUUACCCUUAAUUUUUCUAAAGGGUCUAGUCAGAUUAUUGCACAAUAUUAUCAACUAGUUCACCUUGGCAGAGAGGGAUACCAAAGAGUAAUGGAAAAGUGCAAAGAAAAUGCAAUGGUGGUGAAACAAGGAUUGGAGAAAACAGGGUGCUUUAACAUACUCUCAAAGGACAAUGGUGUUCCUCUGGUAGCCUUUUCUCUUAAGGACACAAGUCACGGUGACGAGUUCAAGAUAUCGGAGAUGCUACGCCGCCUCCACGGUUGGGUUGUGCCGGCUUAUCCAAUGCCAUCCGGUGCGGAGCAUGUCAAUGUGCUCCGCGCGGUGGUUAGAGCCGAGUUUUCGCGCGAGAUGGCCGAAAAACUCGUGCUCGACAUAGAAAAUGUGUUGCAAGAACUUGGGAAGCUUGGUCCCAAGUACACACCAAAAGUGACAAAAAUUGCAAAGAGGAAAAUCAUUGUCCGAGAAUCCAACAAGCAUCACAAAGUCUUGGCAGCAUAGGGAAGAUUAAUUGGCCAUCUCAAUUACGUACAUAACCCAAAGGCUUAACUAGAAUUCUUUUUAUUUUAAUCAUGUUAGAUAGAGCUUUAGUUAACCAUAUUCAAUUCAUUUAUUUGUAUUUUUAACAACAAGUGUUAAAAUCAAUAUGAUUUAUUUGUUGUCCCCCCCAAAUUAUGUAAAUGAAGAAAAUCGAUAUAUGAUUCUAAAUUGUACAAG